UUCAUUCCAAUUGUCGUCUCUCUCUCUCUCUCUCUCUCUCUCUCUCUCUCUCUCUCUCUAUAACUAUAUAUCCAGAAAACAUUUAUAUGGAAUGUGGCCGAUAAACCCUACCUCAAUUAUCCCCAUUUCCACACCUCCACUUGUCUCACUCCCCGCUCUCUCCCCUUCCUUCGCCGCCUUCCGCUGCCGCGCCGCCGCCGCUGACAACACUUACCCCCGUCCGUGGUUCAGUUUCGCUUCAGCUUCCGACGCCGCCGGAAUCAGAAUCGGCAGUGGUUCGUCGGAUAAUACAGGGUCGGGGAUUUCGAGUAGUAAUAACAAGGAUACGAAGAUUAAUGCGAAGAAGGAGAACUGGUCGAGAGAUCGGGAGAGCUACUUCGCCGACGACGGCGAUGCGCUUCCUCUCCCCAUGACUCAUCCGAAUUCUUCGCCGGUGUCGCCGGAGGAAAUUGAUAAGAGACUCAAUUGCGAUCCUGUAACGCAGGACUGCAAGCCAAUGGUUUACGAAUGGACUGGGAAGUGCCGUAGUUGCCAAGGAUCUGGUUUGGUCAGCUACUAUAAUAAACGAGGAAAAGAAACCCUCUGCAAAUGUAUACCCUGUCAAGGAAUUGCAGGAUAUGUACAGAAGAUAACAGCACGCAAGGAUAUCGAUGUGAUGGAAGACUUGGAUAGUUAAAAGAAUUUCUUCACCUCUUAUUUAAAUUACACUAGUUUUUCCAACCCCAGUUUUCCUUGCAGUUGGGGACAUUCUUUAAAGACGUGAGAUUGUUGUAUUUUUCCAGUUAUUAUAGGCUAAUAGCUCAUUGUAUUCGACCCGACUAGUUGUAGAGAAAUCAAAAUAAAAUACCUGGUAUUGACAAAGAUGCCCUUGCACGAAACAAUGUAUGGAGACAGAACCAAGGAUAAGAAUGUCUUUCUGUAAUCUCA